AUGAAGCCAAAGCCCACAAACUUCUCGCGAGUAGAGACAACUCUUGCAAUAAUUUCCUUUUAUCUAUUACUUGUCUUUCCUUUUAUUUACGCCGGCAACACACUCACUACUUCGAAAGAUCAUUUCAUUAAUGAAUUAUACCAAUCAUCAUCAACAAAAACGUGUUCGGAAGCCAAGAAUAAUACAUCAUCCCUUCCAUCUCCCCUCCAAAUAGCAAUCAUCCUCUCGGGAUCGAUUCGAAUUUUUCCAGAAAUUUUCGAACGAUACGAUGAAGAAAUUUUAAAAUAUCAACUAAUGGAAUGGUGUGAACACGUCGAUUUAAAUCGGGAACGAAAUUCGAAUAUUGAUUUUUUUGUUUCUGUCGUGUAUGAGAGAGAGGAGGAAUUGGAACGAUUUAGGGCCAUGAAGGAUGAGAUACCUCAUGUGAAAUAUGUGUCGAUUGAUCGAUCUGUGGAUGAACAAGUCAAGAAACGUUUUGGAGGAAGAGAUUUGUGUGAAAAUCAUCCUACCAAACAAUAUUGCAACAAUUGGCUUUCGUCAUUGUAUCUCAUGAACCAUGCCAACAACAAACGGAGGGAAUUUGUGAAACAACAUCGAAAAAACAAAGAUUAUGACGUCAUUAUGAGAUUGAGAACAGAUUUAUUAUUCGAUCGAUUUAUUAAUCCAAGAUAUUUCUAUACUACCAAUUCCAGCAACAACAAUUCGAAUCCUUAUUGGAAAGGUUUUCAAAUUGAACCUCGCACUCUUUAUUUACCAUUUGAUAUGCACUGGAUGGGUUUGAAUGAUUUAUUUGCAUUUGGAGACGCAAGUGUCAUGAAUGUUUAUUUUUCACAAAUUGAUCAUAUUGAAAGUAUCAAAAAAGAACGAAACGUAGAGUAUCAUCCAGAGACGUAUUUGAGAUUUCUUAUGGAGAGAGAAAAUAUCAAGUAUAAGAAAUUACCUCAAGUCGAUAUUAAGGUUGUGAGAGUAUCAAGUUGUAACAAGUGA